AUCCUGAAUCGUAUCACGAGGCCAUCCCUAUACAUUGGAACGUGCGUCAUCGUAUGGGGCUUGACAAGUACUCUGAUAGGCGCUGCUUUCUAUCCGGGAGCAAUAUAUCUCCUAUCGAGAUGGUACACAAGAUAUGAACUAGCUUUCCGCUCGGCAAUCUUAUACGGUGGCCUUCUUAUAUCGAAUGCUUUUGGAAGCCUCAUAGCUGCAGGUAUUCUUUCUGGUAUUUCUGGUAUGGACGGUCGCCUUGGAAUCAGAGCCUGGAGAUGGUCUGUCCUACUACAUUCAAGUGUAUGCGCUCUGAUUAUCCGCGUGGUCUUCAACCGUGUUUUGCGGGUUAUUUUACAUCGAGUGCAGGGAGCAGUUACGAUGCUUCUAGGAUUCUGGACAAUUUAUUUGCUCUCAGACUACCCGAACAAUGGUCGCCGGCUCUCACCCGCUGAGCGACGCCUCGCACAAGUGCGGCUUUCCCAAGAUGCAGGCGAGGCAGACGAAGAUACCACACAUGAUUCUGCCUGGGGUGGUUUCGUGUCGGCCAUCAAAGAUCCCAAAGUAUGUAUCAUAUCGGUCAUGAACUGCUCACAGCUUCUUGGUCUGAGUUUCACCAAUUUCUUUCCUACUCCUCCGUGGAUUUUUGCUACUAUUGUGUGUUGUCUGAAUGCAUGGCAUGCUGACAGAACUGGCGAACGCUUCUUCCACAUCGCGGGCUCGUGGUGGUGUGCCAUACUAGGAUACAUUAUCGGCCUCAAUACAAUAUCCAUUGGAGGUCGUUAUGUUGCACUUUUUCUCAUGGCGGCGGGGGAGUCUAGCUUUGCGCUGACGGCGGUAUGA